CAAAGCCAGAGGUGGAUCCUUCACAGCCGCGUUGCUUUCACUGACACACUCAGAAUAAUUCGGGACGAUGCUGCGAGUCAGGUGUCUGAGAGGAGGUAGCAGGGGGGCCGAAGCUGCCCAUCUGAUCGGAGCCAUGGUCAGCCGCUCAGUGACUGGAUGGGUGCAGAGAACCUUCCAGAGCACUUCCAGUGCUGCAGCUGCCCAAACGCAGCGAGCAGCCGAGGAGGAACAUGUUACUGAGCCAGUGCCGCAGGAGUGCCCUGUGUGCAGUCACAAUGAGUGGGACCCUCUUGAGGAGGUGAUCGUGGGUCGUGCUGAGAAUGCACGUGUGCCUCCCUUCACUGUGGAAGUGAAGGCGAACACAUAUGAAAAGUACUGGUCCUUCUAUCAAAAGUAUGGAGGCCAACCUUUUCCUGAGGACCAUUUGAAGAAAGCUGUUGCUGAGAUUGAAGAAAUGUGCAAUAUACUCCGUCAGGAGGGGGUCACCGUGCAGAGACCCGAACCUAUUGAUUGGUCAGUGGAGUACAAAACUCCAGACUUCACAUCAUCAGGAAUGUACGCUGCCAUGCCCAGAGACAUCCUCAUGGUGGUGGGAAACGAGAUCAUCGAGGCUCCGAUGGCCUGGAGGGCCCGCUUCUUUGAGUACCGUGCAUACAGGCCCCUCAUCAAGGAGUACUUCAAGAAGGGAGCCAAGUGGACCACUGCCCCCAAACCCACAAUGGCUGAUGAGUUGUACGACCAGGAAUAUCCCAUCCGCACAGUGGAGGACAGACACAAGCUGGCUGCUCAGGGGAAGUUUGUGACCACCGAGCACGAGCCUUGCUUCGAUGCUGCCGACUUCAUUCGAGCUGGGAAGGACCUCUUUGUCCAGAGGAGUCAGGUUACAAACUACAUGGGAAUUGAGUGGAUGCGUCGUCACCUGGCGCCCGACUACAAGAUCCACAUUAUCUCCUUCAAGGACCCCAACCCCAUGCAUAUUGAUGCCACCUUUAACAUCAUCGGGCCGGGGCUGGUCCUGUCAAACCCUGAUCGCCCAUGCCGUCAGAUCGACAUGUUCAAGAAGGCCGGCUGGACUAUUGUGAAACCGCCGACUCCUCUGAUUCCUGAUGACCAUCCACUGUGGAUGUCUUCCAAAUGGCUCUCCAUGAACGUGCUGAUGCUGGACGAGAAGCGUGUCAUGGUGGAUGCCAAUGAAAGCACCAUUCAAAAGAUGUUUGAGAACCUUGGUAUCAAGACCAUUAAGGUAAACAUUCGUCAUGCCAACUCCCUGGGUGGUGGAUUCCACUGCUGGACAACUGACGUCCGUCGCCGUGGUACCCUGCAGUCCUACUUUCACUAGCCUUGCCAGAAACAGGCAGUUUUUAUUGAGCUUUAAAUCUGAGUUGACAAAUCCAAAUUCUGAAUUGGCUGACAGUCCUUAGAGUAGACGUUUUUGAGUUUGUUGUGUGUGGACUGGUAACUAAAACAUGAGUAACAAUGGUUGAAACCAAAGUGAGGAUAAUAAUUGGUUAGUCUGAAACAUGUGUGCCCUUAUUGAAUAUGUGUGCUCUGUUUUGAUGUGACAUUGCUAUGUGUCAUGGUGCAUUUGCAAACAGCUUUGGUUUUAUCGAUACAUUAGAGGUGGGACUUUUUUUAAAAUUCCAAUUAAGUAGGUGUUAAUCGAUUAACUGCCAUUCAUCACAUUUUAGUAUUUGAUUGAUCAAAACUUUUUGCACACGGGACAUUUUCAUAAAAAAUUCUGUCCUUCAGAUCUAUCUCAUCUAGUUCAUACUUGUUUUGGCUAUGGCAUCACAUUGUAUUUAUUAUGUGUUGCAUCGAAAAAUGUUUCCUGUGAAAUUAAUUAAUUUAACUGAAAUAUAUAUUUUUUAAGUCCCAGCCCUAAUAUAUAUCUAUAGUUACAUCUAUCUAUAUAAAUGACUUUCCUUCAGUCAGUAAUCUCAAUAUUAACUGCAUUUCUGGCCUGGCUAUUGUGAAACUGAUUACGACUUGUAUCUUUGAAGUCGUAACUCAGAGGACAAGGUGCAAUUCGGUAUGUGAAUGUCAUCAAACGAGGGCACAACUGGGGAGAACCGACCUCAUCCUGAUAUAUCAGAAGACACAUCUUUUUCCAGAGAAUUUUUUAUAUUUAAAUUAUGUAUAAUAGUUGUUAUGUACGUCAUUGUUAGAAAUACUUUAA